AUGGUAUCUUCUAUGUCUCAACUUGCAGGACUGAAUCGAUUCCAUUUUCUUUGUAAAUCUAUCUAUCUAUCUAUCUAUCUAUCUAUCUAUCUAUCUAUCUAUCUAUCUAUCUAUCUAUCUUGUAUAGAUAAUCUAUCUAUCUAUCUAUCUAUCUAUCUAUCUAUCUAUCUAUCUAUCUAUACGAGGUGUUUCUCUGGCUUUCUGUCAACGAUGGCUUUCUUCUUCCGACACUUUCAUAAAGACAUCGGCAGGGAUGUUAUCAAGUCCACAAGCCUUUUCACGCUUCAUUUGCUUCUUUACAACUGUCAGUUCGUCCAUGUUGAAAAUUCCUUUCUUGAUGUCGAGUUGUUCUUCGAUUAUUCUUUGCGUGGGUUUCUCUGUGAUUGUGAGAGACUUGCCAAGCAGGUCUUCAAAGUGCUUUUUCCAUUUGCUAAUCCUUACAUUUUGAUCAAUAGCCUUUAG